AUGGCUGCGAUGUCAGUUAUAGGAAUUGAUUUUGGAAAUGAAUCUUGCUAUGUAGCAGUUGCUCGUGCAGGUGGUAUUGAAACGAUCGCAAACGAUUACAGUCUCAGAGCUACUCCAUCAUGUGUAGCAUUCAGUGGUCGGAAUCGAAUUUUGGGGGUAGCAGCAAAAAACCAGAUGGUAACAAAUAUGAAAAACACAAUCCAUGGUUUCAAAAGAUUACUAGGCCGAAAGCUUAAUGACCCCCAAGUAGAAGAAGAACUUAAAACUCUCUCUUACAGAACAACCCAGUACAACAAUGGAAUUGGAGUAAAGGUUAAUUAUAUGGACGAAGAAUACACAUUUACCCCAGAACAAAUCACUGCAAUGCUUCUUACUAAGUUGAAGGAAACCUCUGAACAAGCUUUAAAGACUAAAGUUAACGAUGUAGUUAUAUCUGUACCAUCUUAUUUUACUAACGCUGAAAGAAAAGCACUGUUAGAUGCUGCUCAUAUUUCUGGAUUAAAUGUCUUACGCCUGAUGAAUGAAACCACUGCUACAGCCCUCUCAUAUGGUAUAUACAAGCAAGAUUUACCUGCUCCCGAAGAAGAACCCAGAAAUGUCAUUUUUGUUGACUGUGGUCAUUCUUCCCUCCAAGUAUCCGCUUGUGCAUUUAAUCGUGGUAAACUAAAGAUGUUAGCUAGUGCAUUCGAUCACAAAUUAGGUGGACGAGAUUUUGAUAUAAUUCUAGCAGAGCACUUCUGCAAUGAAUUUGAAACUAAAUAUAAAAUUCGACCUAGGACUAAUCCUCGGGCUUACUUACGUCUCCUCACUGAGGUUGAGAAAUUAAAGAAACAAAUGUCUGCUAACUCAACCACCCUACCUUUGAACAUUGAGUGUUUCAUGGAUGACAAAGAUGUUCAUGGAGAUAUGAAAAGAACCGAUAUGGAAGGUCUAUGUGCUCAUCUAUUCCACAGGGUGGAAUUAUGUCUUAAAAAAUGUUUAGAAGACUCAAGAUUAAAAUUAGAUGAGAUACAUAGUGUUGAAAUAGUUGGCGGUUCAACUCGUAUACCUGCUAUAAAACAGUUGAUAGAAUCAGUCUUCAAAAAGGGUGCAUCAACGACUUUGAAUCAAGAUGAAGCCGUAGCCCGAGGGUGUGCUCUUCAAUGUGCAAUGCUUUCUCCUGCUGUGCGUGUAAGAGAAUUUUCCGUUGGUGAUGUGUAUCCUUACUCAAUAAGCCUUUGCUGGGAUUCUCCGAAUAAAGAGGAUGGGGUAUUGGAGGUUUUCCCCAAGUUUCAUGCCAUGCCAUUUAGCAAAGUUCUUACCUUCUAUAGGAAAGAAAACUUUGAUAUCAAGGCAUACUAUAAUUGCAAUACACCUUAUCCUGAUAGGUUUAUUGGUCAGUUCACCAUUAAAGAUGUCAAACCAACAUCUGAAGGUGAAUCCGCAAAAAUUAAAGUGAAAGCUCGCAUAAAUCUUCAUGGUAUAGUAUCAAUUGUCGGGGCAUCACUCGUUGAAAAGAGAGAGGCUGAAGUUGGAGACGAAGACUCCUCCAUGGAUGUUGAUAGCAACAAUCACAGUAAAGAUGAACAACAGCCACAGGAGAAUGGACAAGUCGACCAGAUGGAAGAAUCAGAAAAAGGGAAUGGAAAACAAGAAAAAAAAGAUGGCAAGAAAAAGAAGCAGAUAACCAAAACUAUCGAUCUACCAAUAGAUGCAAUUACCCAUGGAUAUUCUCAGACCCUUCUCAACGAAUACCAAGAAUUGGAGUGCAAAUUGAUUGCUAAUGAUAAACAAGAAAGGGAAAGGUCAGAUGCUAGAAAUGCAUUGGAGGAAUACGUUUAUGAUUUACGAGGAAAAAUUAGCUCAGAUGAUGAACUUGCCCCAUUUGUUAUUCCUGGUGAUAGAGAUAAAUACGUAAAACAGCUGGAUGAUAUGGAAUCUUGGUUAUAUGAAGAAGGAGAGGAUUGUACCAGGCAGGUUUAUGUCGAUAGAUUGUCAGAGUUAAAGGUGUUUGGGGAGCCCAUAAAGAAUAGAAGGAUGGAGUUUGAAUCUCGUUCAGCUGCCCUUGAAGAACUUUCCCAUUGUAUUCAACUGUCUCAGAAAGUAGUGAGUCAAUAUAGAGCUGGCGAUGAGAAAUAUAACCAUCUCGUACCAGAUGAAGUGUCUAAGGUUGAAGAAGCUAUUAUCUCUGCAGCUAAGUGGCUUGAAGAAAAGAGGUCUGCUCUUUCAUCUUGCCCAAAAACUCAGGAUCCUCCAGUUACAACUGUGCAAAUCAGAUCAGAAAAGAAAAACCUAGAUAGCACUGUUUCCUCUGUUAUGAACAAACCUAAACCAAAAGUCGAACCUCCUCAAGAGCCCGCUGGCGAUAAUGAGAAAAAUAAUACCCAAUCUGAUUCCCAUCAGAACAGUAAAACGAAUGACCACCAUGGGGAACAGGAUCAACGGAAACAAGAGAAUAUGGAUGUUGACAAUUAG